CCCCAUCCUCUCCGGGACUUUUGUGUAGCUAUCAAGGACAUCAAGAAUGGCGAUGCGUAUGCGGUGUUUGUAAAUGGUAAAUUUUGCAAAGACCCAAAGCUUGAUUCAGAAGAUUUCUUCUUUUCGAGCCUAAACAGCCGAGAGAACACAUCAAAUCCAGUUGGAUCAAAUGUCACUAUGAUCAAUGUAGAUAUAAUACCAGGACUUAACACUCUCGGUUUAACUCUGAUUCGAGUCGACUAUGCACCUUAUGGUGUCAACCCUCCUCACACUCACCCUCGGGGAUCCGAGAUCCUACUUGUUGUCGAAGGCACACUUUAUGUCGGCUUCGUUACGGCGGACCCAGACAACCGUCUCUUCACUAAAAUCCUAAACCACGGAGAUGCUUUUGUUUUCCUUGGUUUGAUUCAUUUCCGAUUCAACAUAGGAAAAAGCUGCGGUUGCCUUUCUUUGUUCUCGGCAGACCAAAAUCUUGGGCGUAUCACCAUAUGCGACGCAGUGUUUGGCUCAAACCCACCGAUCAACCCAGAUGUUUUGGCCAAGGCGUUCCAGUUGAACAAGAAUGUGGUUAAGUAUCUUCAGUCUCGGUUCUAAUGGGAUUAACAACUACUUUAAGAGCCAAAUCAAAACCCCAAAAGUUUGUUUGCUUGUUUGAAACAAUGUUUGCAUGCACUUUUCUAAACCAAGUCAUACUAUUCUGCUAAGUAUCAUGUAAUAAACAGAGAGGUUUAAAUUUACUUCUCCAGUCUCCUCUCUUGACAUUAUCCUUUCAGAUAUAAGACCAGAAUUUGUAAUGCUUUCGAAUUUAAAUUACGACCACAAUCAAGGGCACCAAUGCAUAUGUAGUUCAUGUUGUUAUUGUUGUAUUUAUGUCAUGCUAGCCCUACUUGCUUGUAUUCCUUGUUAGUUGGAUUUGAAUGCAAAUGUUGGAAUUUCUUCA